AAGAGGGAGAGUAAAAUGGCAAGAACCAAGCAGACCGCUCGUAAGUCCACCGGUGGCAAAGCCCCGAGGAAGCAGCUCGCUACCAAGGCUGCCCGUAAGAGCGCCCCGGCGACCGGCGGCGUAAAGAAGCCUCAUCGUUACAGGCCUGGUACCGUGGCUCUGAGAGAGAUCCGUCGUUACCAGAAGUCCACCGAGCUGCUUAUCCGCAAGCUGCCCUUCCAGCGUCUGGUCAGAGAAAUCGCUCAGGACUUCAAGACCGACCUGCGCUUCCAGAGCUCUGCUGUCAUGGCUCUUCAGGAGGCCAGCGAGGCUUACCUGGUCGGUCUGUUCGAGGACACCAACCUGUGCGCCAUCCACGCCAAGAGGGUCACCAUCAUGCCCAAGGACAUCCAGUUGGCUCGUCGCAUCCGCGGAGAGCGUGCUUAAGUUCACCAAUACAUCAAACCAAAGGCUCUUUUAAGAGCCACCUAUAUAGACAGAAAAUGCUUGUUCCAUCUUCAACACUUAUAUCUUAGAAACUGAAAGGUUAAUAUGUAAAUAAACUAACA